AUGUCCACCCAAUCAUCUGAUAUUCCAACAAUUGAAAUAAAAGAUAAUCAAAUGAAAGAUUUAUUAAAAUAUCUUUAUAAAAAUGAAUCAUUAUUAAAAGAAAAUGGUGCAAUGAAAUUAAUUCCA